CUUGAAUUAAGUAAUUUUACAUAAACCAAAACAACGUCAUCGAUCUCUUCGACCUCAAAAAUUAUAAACGAAGUUUGUCAGAAAACGAAAGACUGAAUGACACCACUUAUAAAGAAGUUCUAAUUCCCUGUUAAUAACUUUACAUAUCAUCAAGACUUAACGCCACAUCAAUUAAAACAACGUACUGAAACUUUCUCAUUCAAAAUCAGGCAGCCGCUAGCUAAAGAUUUUACAUCAACACUCUCAAUCGACUCCUCAGCUUAGUUGAUAUUUUUAUGCUGAAUAGUUUAUAUAAGUACUGCUUUGCAAUCCAAUGAGCACUAGACGAAGGCGUACAAAAUCAGGAAGUAAAGAAGAGCCUGAAAAUUUUGAGACAGGCUACGGAUACGCAAUUCACAAUAGUGGGAAUAACACAUUUAUUGAAAAUAAUAUAUUGGACUCAGUUGAAAUGACAUGUCGUGACAGAACUGGAGAAUUUUUAUCUGCUGUUAAAUCAUUGCAGUCAGGACAGCAAAAUGGAUAUCAUCCUGCAAAAUAUGGAAACAGAAAUGGAAUACGAAAACAGCCAAGUCAGUUUACUUUAUUUUCAAGACAAAUUGGGAAGGAUAUUAACAAUACAUUUAAUAAACUUGAAAAGUUAGCAAUACUUGCCAAAAGGAAAUCACUCUUCAAUGACAAACCAGUGGAAAUUCAAGAACUAACAUAUAUAAUAAAACAGGACAUCAAUAACUUAAACCAACAGAUCGCAAAUCUCCAACAGUUCGUCAACCGCAACGAUUCAUCAUCCAGUAAAAAUGUACAGACGCACUCACAUACCAUCGUCAUGUCUCUUCAGAGUAAACUGGCGCACAUGUCGAAGGAUUUUAAGCACGUCUUAGAAGUCCGAACAGAAAACAUGAAACACCAGAAAAAUCGUCGGGAACAGUUUUCACAGGGCGCUAUAGCGGAAACGUUACCCUCCACCGGCGUGGCUACAAAUUCUCUACUUCAUAAGCAUUCUGCUCAAGGCAACGAAGCUGUUUCUCUCGACAUGGAACCGUUACUAAACAGCCAGAACAAUCAAACCAUGCAAGUGUACGAACAAGACGACGAAUACGUGAAAAGUCGCGCCUCCGCAAUGGAGAGCAUUGAACAAACCAUCGUCGAGCUUGGCGGUAUUUUUCAACAACUCGCUCACCUGGUUAGUGAACAAGAGGAGCAAAUUAAAAGAAUCGACACCAAUGUUGAAGACACAGAAAUGAACGUCGAAGCUGCCCAUUCUGAACUAUUGAAAUAUUUUCAAUCAAUCUCCUCAAAUCGUUGGUUGAUCAUCAAAAUAUUUUUCGUACUCAUCAUUUUCUUUAUAGUAUUUGUUGUAUUUAUGGUUUGAAUUGGUUAUUAUUUUCGGCACAAGUGGCCUCCCUAUGAUUUUAAAAAAGAAAAUUUCGAAUGUUCGAAGAUUAGCCAGUGCACACGCGGUCGUACCUGCUAUAUUUAUUUAUUGUUUCAUUGUCAGAAGUUUUUGCGGUUUUUUUGGCGUAAAAUAACCGAAAUAUCAGGGUUUUUUUUACAAACCGGGAUAGUCUUAGUUCCUAGAAAGUGUACACGCCAAAAUUUCGCGGUUAUUCCAAAUCGCGAAAUUUUUUUAAACGAAAAUUUCUAACAAUGAAGUAGUCGUGAAAGAGAAUGCUUAAAAUUUAUGAAACCGUAACUCUCUCAUUUUCCGUUUACUUUUUUUGACAAUUUUUCAGUAGAGACGCGUCUAUUGCAAAUAUUUUUUGUUGACGUCUUAAUGAUGCGCUGUGGAAAGAAAUUUUAUUUUUUUACAUGUAUUGAUUGUUUGGGUCAGUUCCAAAUAAUGGAUGUUUUGAUUUCAAAAGACUGCUCUACAUUUAGAGCAUUUAUUACUGCAGCUCUCAGCAUUUAAAUCUCGGCGCUCGAUAUGCUUAAUUUUUAUUGCAUUAAAGAUAGCGUUUUGAUAUAGAUUCUACAAAACGUUGCCCCACUGGUAAGCGCUUCGAAGUUCACCCUUAAAUUCCAAAGCUGCCAAAAUACAGGUCUCGCAGACAGAAUAAAAUUUAAUGCGCAUGCUCAGGUAUUAAACACUGGGAGCUGCAGCUAAGAACGCUUUAAUGGAACUCCGCCUAGCUUGUUCUGUUGGACGAUCUUAAUUUAUAUAUCUGUGGCUGUUUGUAUUUCAUUUUGGUUGUAGAUCUAUUGUUUUUCUCGUCUUUAAAUUCAGAAGGAAACCAUUUUUACGUUA